UCUACAUUUGCGUGAAAAUAUUCACAUUUGUAGAAUAAAUUGCAGUUUUUAUCCACUUUAACGCCUUGUCAGGCUCUAAAAAGACAAGAUUACGCAGUUUAGAGGUUGGUCUUUUGUCUGUAAGGAUUUGGGCUUCCGUCACGUAUUGAUAUCGUGACUUUUGUUUUGUCAAAAGUUUUGGUUUCGUCAAAUCGACGCGAACAAAGUUGAUAAACAAACUUUUUCACCGCAAAAAGGUUCUCAAACAGGUGUAAUUUUUAUUAUUUUAAGUGGUUAGUCACGGGGACUUUGCGGUUUAGAAGAAGAAGUGCAUCGUCCUUGAUGAAAAAGUUAAUUUAUUUUGAAAAUCGAGCCGAAGAUGAGCACGCAAACUGCAAAUGAAAAUGGAGAAAUGUCAAAGAAGAACGAGAAGGAAAAUAUUGAACCCAACGAUGAGAAUGACGAGUUGGAAGCUGCUGAAAAAAAUGCCUGUGAUCGAUUCUACAAUGACUUAGAUCCUUUAAAAGAAGACCUUGCAGAAUGGCUGUCAAGAGUACUUGARGUGGACAUCAAACCAGACAAGCUACUGAGUUAUUUGGACGAUGGAAUUUUACCCUGCAAACUUGCACAAAUCGUGCAAAAAGCUGCUGAAGUUUUGGUGAAAACCGGAAAAAAAUUUAAAGGCCCAAAUCUUCCUGUAUUUUCAAUGAAGUACCACAAGAAUGCCAAACCACAGACGUUCUUUGCCAGGGAUAACACUGCACAUUUUUUAAAGUGGUGUAAAGAGAUAGGUGUACAAGAUUCUGUCAUGUUUGAAUCGGAUGGUCUUGUACUUCACAAACAACCGCGAGAGGUGGUUUUAUGUCUUUUGGAUGUGGCGAGAAUCGCYGCUGGAGUUGGCAUUGAACCUCCAAAUUUGAUCAAACUAGAAAAAGAGAUCGAUCAAGAAAUAGCUGAAGACGAGAAAAAAAUCGUAAAACCCAAAGAGAAAAAAUCUCCCAAAGCUUUGAGUGUGGAAUCCGAGGUUGCAAGAUUAGCAGCAAAGUACAACGUUAGCAUACAGAGGAUCAAAGAAGGACGUUAUGUGGUUGAAGGAAAAAUUAACAUAUUUGUUAGGAUCCUGCGUAACCAUGUUAUGGUCCGUGUCGGCGGUGGAUGGGACACCCUUGAGCACUUCAUCAGCAGACAUGAUCCUAACAAAAUUGGCAAGAUUCUUACAUCUACAGCAGGGACAUGCCCAUCUCAUCACCAUGGCGAUCUUCAAUCAAAAGGUGCCGCACAUUCAUCAACAUAGUUCUUCAAAUUAAAUGUGUAGAAGGCAUAAAUUAUACAAAAUAAGUAGAAAACAGUACAACAUAUUUUUUGUACAUUGAACUUUUUAUUGACACAGUAAUUCACAUGCACGUUAGUAAUUCAAAUGUUCACAAAAUUUGCUCCUCGUGACUAAAAAUAUUUGCAUUCAAGCAUCUUUUUGUUCCCAUUGGAACAUUAUUUAAAGGACAAAAAUAUAAACUCUAGUGUUUUGGAGGUUGAAAAAAAAUGUUCUUAAUAUUAUUUUUCAUUUUCCAACUUGAGCUUCAUUGGGAACUAUUAUAAAAAGAAGGUAUUCAAGGUAUUCAGAAAAUUGAAUUUAAUACCAAUGACACUUUCCUUUGCUCAAAUCUUACAUAUUAGUUCUUCAGGAAAAUUGAUAAAUUAUUCAAAUCAAUUUGCAGAAAAUUAGAUUUAUGGUGUGAAUCAAAUUAUGAUCAUUUACCACUGUUUGAAUAGUUGUGCACUAAUUGAGUCAAAACUUGGGAUAGGUAAAUGUGCAGUAGACUACUGUCAAUCAAAUUGGGAGUACAGACAUGGGAACCAUGGAAAGGUAUAUGAAUCUGGAAAAAUGUGUUUGCUUGACAGAAGUCUAUAGACCCAUUGUAUGUGAGGUCAAAGCAGCUCAAUUUGGAGGACAAAACAAAAGUAUUUCAAUCUCAUUAUGAGAAUUGGAAACUUAUUGUCAUAUCCUCCAUUGCUCAUUUACCUGACGCAUCUUGGUAAUACAUACCAUAUUUACACAUAUUAACAGAAUGAAUCCUUAGUAUCCAUAACUUAAAAAGUGAUUCUAAAGUGUUACACAUUGAAUUGUGAUAUUUAAUACUUACUAGUUAUUGACAAAGAAUAACUAUUUUUGCAUCAUAUAUAGCAGUGUGUUCAACUUUAUAAACAACAAUUCAUUGAUAUUUAUUUAAUAAAUUUGAGUGAAUAGCCUCA